AUGCACUUCAAAUAUGCGGUGGAACAUACGGCCCUCUUGGCCGAGGCCAUCCGGCCCCAGCGGAGGGCGCAGUUGGUAACCCCUACCGCAACCCCUACGCCGGCGGCCGUAGGCACGACGCCGGCGCCGGUGUCGCCGGAAAUAGAGCCUACGCCUGCGGCGGUGGAACCAACCGCAGCUGCGGUGGAACCAACGCCAGCCCCGGAGACGCCGGCGACGGAAGCUCCCGAACCGGAACCAACGGAACCGCCGACAGCGGAAGCGACCUCUGCCCCCGUCACCCCCGCCACCGCCGCCCCUACGCCCCGCCCGACCCCAGCCCCGAACACCCCGGAGACCCCUGCCCCAGUUACCCCUGAGACUGCCGAGCCCACCCCACGCCCAACCCCUUCGCCGGUGACCCCAGCAACUCCUGCGCCGGUCACCGCGGCGCCGGUGACCACGGCGCCGGUGACCCCGGAGACGCCUGAGCUGACCCCAGCGCCGGUUGCGGCGGUGGUUCCAGAGACGCCUGCUCCGGUCACACCGACGCCACCUACCGAUGCCCCUCAAGCACCCGUGGCGGCCCCCACACCCGAGCCCACAGUCGGUACGACCGAUAGCCCAGUAGCCGCUCCAACACCUCCUCCGUCCACAUUGCCAACAUCAACCCCGCAAGCCCCCCCUACGACUCCGCCGGAAUCGCCAGCUCCUACUGCACUAAUCGGUACGGAUGAACCCACGUUAGCUCCGCGCGUAACCGAAACGCCUCGAGUAACCGAAACGCCGGUCGUAACCGAAGAGCCGGCCGUAACCGAAGGGCCGGCCGGGGCCGUCACAGCGUCGCCGGUCGCUUCUCCGUCCCCCGUUGAUUUCCCGUCGAGCUCACCAUCCACCCCCCCCGCCGCUGUACCCCCGUCGUCGGCGUCAGAUCCUCCGACGGGCCUCCCUGAGACAACAGCCCCUCCGAGCCCCGUUGUCUCGACGGAGACGGUCGCGCCCGGCGCCGCGGUGACGACGCCGGCGCCCGGCGCCGGCGCCGGCGCCGGCGCCACCGUCACCCCCGCAACGCCGGCGCCGUCGGCGGCGGAAGGGGAAACGCCGGCGCCGUUCUCCAGCCCCGCCCCGGUCGCAACGUCGUCGUCGUCGACCGAAGCGACUCUGUCUCCGAACACCGAGGAGGUCUGCACGGAAGCCUGCGUCGUGGACAACCUGACGCUCAGCACCCACUCGGCAACGUACUACGACGCGCGGUGUGAAGGCAAGGACGACUCGGACCUGUCGGGGUGUAACCUGUCUUCGGCGAACUCCGAUUGGAACAACUGCCGGAACUGCAUCAUCAACCUGGAGUCCUUCGAGGCAGAAAAUGGAGAGGCUGGCACGGCCGUCACUACCCCGACGCCUACAAUGGUGGGGGAGACAACAUUGGAUCUAAGGACCGAGGCGAAUGACCCUGACCUUCUCAUGAUGAGUUUCAACAGCGAAGACUGCACCGCGUUUGGCAUUGCCGUCAUUCCCGGAGCAACCCCAAAGGUGAUGGAGAUUUCGAGGUACACGGACGCGGAUGGUCUGUGCAACUCCAACUUCGACAUCCUCGUCGGCACGGAGUGCGACCUUGAAUCGUACUCGUGGGCCUACAGUAGUAACUCUUUCGACUACAUGUACACCUGCUCGACUACGACAAGUGCGGGGCGGAGGCGGCUGGCGGACGGGGGCUCGGAGACGUACCCCAUCGAAUCCGACGCCGUGCUGUGCAACAACGGCGACCACUUCGUGUCCCUGAGCAGCUUGGCCGAUGGAGAAACGGGGCUCGUGUACGCCACACCGGACGCGGAGAACUAUGACAGCGUGACCGACUCUCAGACUUCCCUGUCUGGGUCGGAUAUGUGCGGAGAGUCGACAGACGCAAACGUAGUGACGACCAUGCUGCUUGAGGAGAUCGAGGAAGACGACGGGCUGAGCGGAUUGCUGGGAGAAGCUGACGAGUCCUCCUCGGAGGGGGGUGGGCUUCGCUACGAGAUCAUCAUCGGCAUCGUGUGCGCCGUCGUGCUUCUCAUGGGCUGCGCCUGCUUCUGCUGCUACCGGCACCGGAAGGGCAAGGAGAGCCGCGCGGUCCACAUGCGGCGGAACCUCGGGUACACCCCGGACAUGGAGGCAAAGGGGGAAGGGAACUUCGGCCCCACCAACAAGCACGUGGCGAUCACACGCGGCGGAGGGCCGCAGGUCACGCCCGAGAUGCUGGCCACGACCAGCUACAGCCAGCCUUCGCACCCGCCCACGCACCAGCGGGCCCCGAGCGAGGCGCCGUCGUCGAUUAUCGAGGACAACAUUGCCAACAACUACCGACCAAAGACAGCGGCUAAGAGCUGGAAAAAGCGCAAGGAGCACAAGGACCUCACCAAGCCGGUCCCGCAGCAGCACGUCAUCGGCGGGAGCCCGAACUCGGAGGAGCUCAAGGCCGAGAACUCUCACGAAGGCUCACGCGCGAAUUCAAACACCCGUAGCCAAGCGUCGGCCCGCAGCGAGCAGCUCAGCGAGCACAGCCUCUCGCAGCUCCAGAUGGCCAACCAGACCGCGGCGGCGCAGCCCAACUACGGCUACACCUUCGAGCACGUGGAGGAGGAGGGGGAGGAAGACGACGACGACGACGACGCUCGCUCCGCGGCGACCGGCAUGUCGGGGCCGAGCAAGUACGCCCCCAGCGGCUACGCGCCGAGCAACCACCAGGACGGUGUCACCCACGACCUCAUGUCCCAGUACGAGCCGAGCGUUUACGAGGCCGACAGCCAGUACGACCCCAGCCUAUACGGCAGGGAGUCGGAGUACGGGGACGAGUCCAGCUCGUACAGCUACAACGACGGCGCGGGGAGCCGCCGCGGUGGCUACGCCGGCGGCGGCGGCGGCGGCGGGCGAGGCGGACGCCACAUGUCGGGCAGGGCGAGCGUGGCGGACACGGCCGCGAUGAGCCACCUCGGCAGCGUCAUGGAGAUGGACGACGGGGGUAGCGCGUACGCCCCCUCGGAGUCCUACGUCUCUUCGUACGUCUCGUCUGAGGACGACGACGGGAGGCCGGCGCGUUCCAUCCACCCGCGGGGGGGGCCGAACGACGCGCAGGCGAUGGGGGGCGUCCCGACAGACGGCGGCAGCAGCAGCAACGGCGGCGAAAGCGGCGGCGGCGGCUACAGCCGCCACAACGCUCACCGCUCGGGCCGCCAGCCGGUCGCCAGCGGGCGCAGCGGGUUCGGGGCGAGCAGCGCGGGGAGCUCCUCUCGACACAGCGGGGCGCGGUCCGGGUUCGAGGGCGGAAGCAGGAGCUACGACGACGAGGACGACGAGAGCGCCGUGGGCAGAACGGCCGUGUCCAUGGAUGACCUCGAGUACUACUCCGAGGACCAGAACGCCGGCGGGAUGACGAGCGGCCGGGGCGCGCCCCUGACCGAUUUGGAGGAGACCCACGGCGGCCAGAGAUGGUGAAGAAGAUGACGCGGUGGACCCGGGGCGCGUCGAGUAGACUUCGGGCGAUGCGCUUCUAGCGACGUGCUUGGCAGUGCACAGCGCGUUUGCUUUUCUGUGUUAAGCUCUUCCUUGCUAGGCGUUUCUGGUGCAUGUGUUCUGCACACCAUGCGGACUCGACGAGAAUUGAUGAUGAUUGGACGCGAGCCUAUGUUGUAGUGAAAGCAAGGAGAGGCACGCAGGAGAGAAAAGUCGGCCGAUCGUACCCUUGGUGACGAUGAUGGUCGUUUUUUUGGUACAAGUAUAAUGUUUCUUUGACUGUCUCAAUCUUGUCUCAAUCUUGAUGUGCCGACUUGAUUCUUACAUGACCUCGUCGGGAUCCGGAGGUCGUCAGCGUUGGGGGGUAGGGGAGGGGGGAGGGCCGGGGGUGAUAUAUCGAUGUGUUGGUAAUUUUCAUCGGGGUCAGUUGUGCGGUUGAAUGUUGAAGGUGUUAAUUUUUCUUUGUUUUUCGGCAGUGUCAACGGCCCACUGACGACGACGUGUGUCUUGUAGCUAUAUAGCGCUCCUCUUGUCUCUGCCUCCUUCCUCCAGCGGCCCCGAGGUUGCUUUGCUACUGCUGUGUGUACCCGUGAUGUAUGUUU